AUGGACCAGCCUACAGGAUCCUCGGAAGCACCAGAACGCGCGGUCUCCUCUGAGCCCAGCUCAACGAGACCCAACCCUUUCACAGAGGACGACGACGCCUCAAGGAAGCGACGCCGUACCUCCUUGUCUGGGGGCUCCCGAAGCCGAUCCGCCGAAAGCCCUAGAUCCGGCCUUAAUACCUCCAGCUCCCCAGCUGCAAACCUCCUCGCCGACGAUCACAAUACUCAAGACUCCGCCAUGAGGAUAGAUACCGGCCCCUCUACCCCGCAAACCCCAGAGAUGCAGUCGACUGCCCGGCAGCCCCCGACAGAACCUCCUUCGAGCCGUGUCACGAUAAACCUGCGCAAUCCCGCCCAGCCCGACCUCUCCUCCUCGUCUCCCGUCUCCCCGACCCCUCAGUCCUUGCCAACCCAGUCGGCCGAACCCCCGGAUGGCGUCAAGAAAAGCGUUGAAGACUUGGAGGAGGAGGAGGUGGACAUGGUUCAGGCUCCCAUAGAAAUCACGGAUACCCCGCCGUCAACCUCAUCGAGUAUGAGUCCCGAAGUUGAGGUGAUUGCCAUCCCGGACGAAGAACCGGAUGCCCCAUUCGACGAUGAGGUUAGCAUCAUCAGAGAGGAUGCUGGCUCUCUCGAUCCCCUCGACCCCACCACAGAUUUCCCAUACCACGAAGCCCUCGAAUCUUUGCAGGACACGGCGACGAGACUGGUUAACUACCUCUCUCCACCGAAUGCACCCCCAGACGAAGCCGUUCUUGAUUCUUUGCGAAUAUGGAUGAUUUCUUACAUACAAUAUGUCACCAACGUUGGCGUGAAUGCUGCGUAUGAAUCCCACCUGGCCUAUCACAGCUUUUGGCAUACAUUUCCAGAGAUUGCGUGGGUGCUUUCUACCAAGAAGCUUUCAGCUUCGCGGGACAGCGGACCUAUCAUCACGGACUUCUUCAGCGCGUUCUCCAAACUCGCGUCUUUUUUUAUCGAAUUCGAUUAUCUGACUGCUCAGGCUUUCCACACCAGCCCUGAUGCUGAUGGACGGCAGCCAGAGUAUCUGAUUGGCCGCUUUGUGCAGCCACUUUUGACGUAUGUGAGGAGGGAAGAGGUGCGGGCUCACAACGCGAUGCAAGCAGACGAGGAGAUGCAUUGGACGGCUGGAGGCAGCGUCACAGAGAUGCUGGAUCUGUUCCUGUCAGGGUCUGGCGAUCUCAAACUACUGAACACUCUCACUCAGAUGCAUCUAGCCAAUGCUUUGAGAUACCAGCACGUUAUGGACAUGCUAGUGCCGAUUGCCAACAUCACAGCACUCAUAGUGCGAAAGGCAGCACAGGUUAUCCGUCGCCCGCAGGUCACACCCCAGAAGUUGGAAAUGUCAAAAACCAGACUCGCCGACGGCCAUGUCCUGUACAACAUGGUUUCAGGAGCUCUCACCACUGUCAUCGAUAAGAACGUCACCCAACUCUCGAAUGAAAACGCGCAGACACUCAUUUCGGCUUUGCACGAGAUCCUCAAACUAUCGUUGGGUGGAGAUCACAACCUGGCAACAGAGCGUCUCAAACUGCACCGACAAAGCUAUCCCGAACUCCCUGCAAAGUUUACUGCCGAUGCAAUUGCGAUGGAAUGGAAGCUUGGCGUACUCGGGAAGCUCAUCACAUCCAGCCAGAUGCAAUUGCGUGUCAUGGCAGCCUCCACCAUGUGCCAAGAUCUCGUUUCUCUGUACAAGAAGAACAACGACAGUGAGGAUGACAGCAAAGACUACAAGGAGGAAUGCUCCAAGUUCCUCAAAUACAUCGCAGAGUAUCUUCUUCGUACCAAGUUGGUGGACUACAUAUUGGGACCAACAUGCCAUCCUGAGAUUACCGUGGAGAGCGGCAACAUUGUUGGCUUUUUGGUAGUUACGCACUUCUACCGGAAGGAGCAAACCGAUUUACUCUGGCAAACGAUUACAACGACGCAAGACCCACGAGUCUCGGAAGCUCUGAUCCGCAUGGCGACACCCCUCACGACCCUUUUUACCAAGGAGGAACUUCUCUAUCUAUGCGAAAAGGUGCACAGCAUGCCACUUGAGGCCUUCACGACAUCUGUGCGCGGUCUCUGCACUUCCAUGCUAAAAGAUCUUCACAUGAAAUUCAAUCUUGCAAAAGAAACGCCGAACAUCUUGCCGUUGAGCUUCUGCAUUCGACUUCUCCGCGAAGCGUCAGUCUACAGCCCAGAGUCACACAUCACGAACCCUGAAGUGCACCAAUUCGCCAUCGAUAAGUUCAAGGACUUGGUAAAAGACGGACUUGACCCCGAACUAAGGAAAGAGCUUUAUAAUGAUUGCAUCAGGGAUAUUGCCGUAAAAUCAUCCACAACGCUAGGUACCCUGUGGUGUCUGGGUAUGGCGCUGCGACCAGCUGUCGCACACGAGUUGCGUGUUCUCACUGCGGAACACAACUUGACGGCUCUUCUCGUUGAUGAGCUUGAGCACGCCAUCGAGCAGGCAAAACAGGCCGGAAUUCCGAUUGUGCUUUGCGAACAUUUUAACAGUCCCCGCAGGGAACUGAUCAGCUGGAUUCUCACCCACGAGCCCACCACGGUCACUUCCGACCUUGGCCCACGCCUAUGGGAUAUGUUGGUCGGUCAUGGCGCUGCAUGUCAAGAUGACAGGGGCGCGGGCUGGGCAAUCCUCAACAAUCUCCCCAAAGAGGGCAAAAGCAAUCCAUUUCGAUUAGUGUGCUUCACUGAGUACCUACCCAACCUCCCGCGGGACUGCUUAUGCGAAGGAGCGCUACAAUUCGUCAAGGAAGCCAUCGUCUCGCGAGUAAAUGAUAUCAAUGACAUCAUCCUUGACGAUGACGAAAGUCUUGGCCAGAGUGGAAUAGAGCAACUCUGGCGAAUGGUACUCGACGCAGAGAACUUGGCGCUUGUGGAUGCUGCCAUUCAGACACUUGUGGUCGAUGUCUACAUUGAAAGCGAGUCAAUCUUGGCAUACCCGCACCAUAGAGCACGCCAAGUUCAUCUGGGUUUGGUGAAUCGCUGCUUGAAGCAGAUGGAGGCCGCUGCGAAGCGACUCGAAUCUUUCAAUGAAGGAACCCGGAGCGGAGAUGACGAACCAAUGGUGAUUGUGGCGACAGAAGAGCAAACUAGAGAACAAGAGCGUGUCUUCAUACGCUCGCUUGCAGUUCUUCGACACUUUCUUAGGGCGCACCAGACGAAGGCUCAUUUUUCCGCACCUGAUCUGCGAGCGUUGACCCCUGGCUCCCCGAGUGUUGCGGAGGGAGAGUCAGCCGAGCUCAAGUUUCAAUCUUUUGAUGGAAACAAGCAGACCGACAUUAUGCCUCUUGAGGUCGGACGCCGGAACACGGCAGCUUCUUUGCUGGCAAGCAUCAGGCAGGCCACUGGGUUCGACAACUACCGGAUCUACUACCGUGGCCGUCCGUUUGCACCCAACGAAAACGAUGUUUGCCGGUCUUUGGAGGAGCUCAAGAUCCAUGAUGGCCUGCUUCUGGUCAAGAGAGAGGAGAACGGUACCACUGCCGCUGCUAGGGUCAAACCAGGGGCUUCUCUUCUUGAGAUCGAGAUACUGGGACAUUUUGAGCAACUGUGGAAUUAUUUGAGCAUGCAAGAAGCUCUUGCCAGAGAGAUCCACAACUUCCUGGUCAAACUACCCGCAGAUGCACAUAUGAUAGCCGCCUUUGAUUCUCCCGACACAUCAUACAAGCAGAUUUUCCCACUCGGACAACCCUUCAAAUCGCAAUAUGCGUUAUACGCGAUGCGAGAAUAUAUGGAUUCUGCUGUCCGUCGAUUGAAAGAAGCCGUUGCCACCUCUGCUCCGGAGCAAAAGAGUGCAAUCACUGAUGCGUACCUUGACGCUUUAGUAAGAGUGCGGAAGCUUGUUGUCGCAGCCAUUUCGGAUCCGGAUGUCAUUGACAGCUCAGGAUCGGAGGUGCUGAAGAAUCGUCUUGCGUUCACCUUGAUGAAUACCUAUUUGCUAACAUUAAGAGAGCCUGCGCCAUCAGGAUCAUCAUUCAAAUAUAAGUCAGUUGCCAUAGCACCUCCUGGGCGACUCGUCGAUAUUCUGAGAUCCGCAAUCAACGGACGGCACAACGAAACUUUUGUUUCUCUCACGGCGGCCACUUUUUCGGCCAUCAUCCGAAGUAUUGCUAUGGACUUUGCUUUCUGGACUGCUUUCGAGACUCUGCCGAAUCUUGAGGACCUGCUGGGAACCCUGCUUCUGGACGAACCAUGCGACACCAUUCGCGUUAACAUUGCUAAGAUCAUAGAGGAUAGGAUCAUCUCUCCCAGCGAGUCGACACCAAGCACGCGCUCCUUCUGCGAGCGUCUUUGGCCAAUGCUCAACAGACUCAUCGACAGAGCGGUCGAGAAGCCGAGACAAUGCUUGCAAGUCUUCAAGCUAUCUCAUAUUCUUCUCAUCAAGCUCUGUCGUGACAACCCCGGUGUCGUGAAUGUGCCUGAAUUGGCAAGACAAUGCGGCGAUCUUUUACUUUCACAUGAUUCAGCUGAGCAUAUCGAGCAAUUCGGUCCCGAGGACACCGUAGCACGGGGCCUGGCUAAUCUGCUUUGGUACUGCCUAACAAGCGAGAUGGACCUGAACGUGGAACAGGAACUUCCAGACAAACUUGGUAGGAAACUCUUCUGGAAACAUCUGUUUCCGCCCCCACAAAGGGAUGGCAGUCGCGGACGUUCUUGCAUCCUUUCAACUGCCACCAGAUUGGUCCUGGGAGACAUCGUCUUCUAUUUGGUUUCCAGAUCAGAGCAACGCCUGCACGAGAUGCUGAUCGAUUUGGAGAGCUUGGUUCCUUUUGACGAGUUCGAGAACGAUCCUUAUAUCUACGAGCUGCAACCACAAUUCGACCGCAUGUCUGCCAUCAGAGCUCCUUGUGGAUAUGCUGGACUUCGGAACCUGUCCAAUACAUGCUACCUCAACUCACUCUUCACUCAACUCUUCAUGAAUAUCGGCUUUCGUAAAUUCAUGGUUGAUGCCGUCACAGAUGAGCUACAACCGCAGAAUCUAGUGGCCGAAACCCAGAAGCUGUUCGCGUUUAUGCAAGAGAGCGCUCGAAAGUUCAUCGAUCCCAGCUUGCUUGUGGGAUGCAUCAAGACGUACGACGACACGCCCAUUGAUGUCCACAACCAGAUGGAUGUCGACGAGUUCUACAAUCUGCUUUUUGAUCGAUGGGAAGGACAGCUCAACACUGUUGAAGAGAAGCAGGCUUUGAGAUCCUUCUAUGGUGGUCAGCUGGUGCAGCAGGUUGCGUCCAAAGAAUGCGAUCACAUCUCGGAGCGUCUGGAACCGUUUUCGGCUAUUCAGUGCGAUAUCAAGGGUAAAUUGAAUCUGCAAGACAGUCUCCAAGCAUACGUCGACGGUGAAAUCAUGCAAGGAGACAACAAGUACAAGUGCUCGAGCUGCGACCGGCAUGUCGAUGCCGUCAAAAGGGCGUGCUUGAAGGAUAUCCCCGAUAAUUUGAUCUUUCAUCUCAAAAGAUUCGAUUUCAACCUGCGUACAUUGAUGCGCAGCAAGAUCAACGAUUACUUCUCGUUUCCCACCAAAAUCGACAUGCGGCCGUACACAAUUCAUCACCUCGGAUCUCCCUCUGACUCGGGCGAAGAGGACAUGUUUGAGCUGGUUGGCGUUCUGGUCCACGCAGGUACUGCGGAAUCGGGUCACUACUACUCAUACAUCAGAGAACGACCUACUGGCGCCUCGUCAGAAGCCUGGUUUGAGUUCAAUGAUGACGUUGUCUCGCCUUGGACUCCAGCCGAUUUGGAAAAGUCAACCUUCGGUGGCCCAGAGGUGCCUUUUGACAACGGAGUUUCCUAUGACAAGACGUACAGUGCUUACAUGCUGUUCUAUCAACGAUCGUCGGUCCUGAAAGCAGAACAGGAAAAGGCACAGAGCCUUUCCCUUCCUAUGCCACUGAAGGUCACUCUCCCCAAAGAUGUUGCCGAUCAUAUCGCGGGGGAGAACACCAUCUUGCUGCGAAGGCAUUGCCUUUAUGAUCCAAGCCACUCACAGUUGGUUCUCAAGACAUACGAUCAUGCGCGAAUGCGGGAUGGGGGCUUGUGCUCUCCCAUGCACCUCAUUGAGCAGCGAGCCAUGCACAUGCUGCUCGGUCAUCUCGACCAAGUUGCAUCGAGAACCAAGGAUCUUCCCUACUUCGAGGCAUUCCAACGACAGAUCGAACGCGCCUGCGUAAAUUGCGUCAAAUGUUCGUUGGAUUUCAUCGAGUAUUUCCAAGAAAGACCCGAGUCUUUCCGACAACUCCUUCAAAGAAACCCGGACCCCGGCGUCCGGUACGCGGUUGGCAGCAUGUUUAUCACGAGCCUUCGGACGAUAAAGGCCUCGCAACCCGAGGUUUACUACGUUUCCGAGGAAGAUAUGGUCGAGGAGCCUGUCAUGGCCCAAGUUAUGCAGCUGUUUGACACUCUCUGGAUCAACUUUCAAACGAAUAUUCGUUCCUGGUCUGAGGUUUUCCAAACAAUCCUCGCAUUCGCCAAACUUGGUCCGGCGGAGACGGCAUUACUCUUGUCGGAAGACUGGUUCAUGAAAAUUCUGCGCAUCAUCAUUGCGGACGCAAACUUGGAGAUGCCACAGCAAUACAUGCGAAUGCUGACGAACGUUAUGCGUCGCAUGAGCAACACCCGCGCGAUUCAGUAUGACAUGAUUAUCCAACUCGCCGAGCAUUUCAUUGGCUCUUUGGAAGGCAUUCUUGAUCCCAGCACUAUCGUGGACGGUCCUGAGGUACGGUGGGAGCUCUACAUGGAACACCAGAAAAAGAGUGGCUCACCGCAAAGGUUUCCUUGGACGUCGAGCGAAGUAACCCACCUUCUACAUGAGCUGGGCAAGGGCAGCGGAAGCAUCUUCGUCAAAAAGUUGAUUGAGCUAAACCAGGAACAUCUGUUCACGGCAGCCAUCAUCAGGCGGUUGAUGAAUUCUGGCCCCGAAAUGGAGUCGAAGGUCUUCUCUGCUAUCAGAACCAUGAUCAACGGACAACUGGUGCAAUAUCCGGUGACACCUUUCAUCCAAGCGGCCAUGGUAUUCUCUGAGCAAAGCAGAUCCGAUAACUACGUACUGUCGCUCUUCCGCCACGUUGCCGCCGAAUGCAGAAGCUUGCAAAACUCAGAAGGUGCCGCGUUCUUGGGUUUCUUCAAGAUGGCCUAUAGCAGCCUUCAAAACAGCAGCGACGAAAGCGACGAAUCCCGGCAUAUGGUUUACAUUGAUUUCAUCCCCAUGUGGGCGCCCAGCCUACUAGGCUUCUUCGAGCCUGAAGUGCGACGUGAGACAGAGUACUUCCUGUCGGCAUGGCUUUCGACUCACGCGCCGGAUGACAAGGAAGACAAGUUCUCGGCCCUUGUCAACAUGGCAGCUCGGAAACUUGCCAUGAACUGCCUGUAUCUCCUCAGAGAGAACUUCUUGAAGCGACGGGCGCCGAUAGUGAAGCAGCACACUGAGAGCUUGCAAGGCAUCAUCGUCGCCUGCGAGCCGUACUUCCAGGUCGAUAUGGCGACGGAUGCGGACCAGCGCAUCAUCACCCUGGCUGAGUUCCAAGAGGCUUUCCGCUCAAUUAUCGAGCCUCUUCGACGCAUGGCAGUGGAGGAAAUGGACGACGAGGGCUCCGACUGGGAAAACUCGAUAGCGUCCUCGGAACAGUUGGAAAGCCUGGCAGACGUGACCAUGCAAACGGCCGGAGACUUGCCAGACGCGGAUCUUCAGUAA